AUGGCUGAACAAGAUCAUGGUGCUUCGGAGGCAGUGGAUGAAGAAGAGAUUGAGGAGGGAAAUGGAGAAGAGAUGACAGACUUGGGCACAGUCUCCUCUAAAAGCACUUUUGAAUCUGCAAGUCUAGAGGAACUUGAGGGUAGUGGUCAUCUGACCCUGGAAAGUGAAAGCAGCAGGCCCUGCCUGUCUGAAAAAGACUCAGAGGAACUUGAUGCCUCACAUACAGUCACCUGCACAUUCGCAGUCUCACUAGCUGUCCCUAUAGUGGUUUCAAAACGCAAGCGAAAGGCAUCUGUUGCAGCUGAAGUGCGAAGAGGUAGUAUUCCAGAUCACAAACAUGGGGCUAUUCCAAGAAUGCGACGUUACUAUCACAUUGAAUAUUACCUUCUACCCGAUGACAUUGUACCAGGAAAGCUGGAUUUGGUAUUGUUUGGGAUGAUUGCAAAGCUAUUUACAGAAUCUGAUUCCAAGACUAUUGCACCAUGGUUGGAAAAUAACAAGAUCUGGCUAUCAUGGAACUAUAGCAUUGAUAUCAAUGUCACCAAUGAAUAUCUGAUGAAACUAAGAGAUCACAAAAUAACUUUAAAACUCUGGGAUUCCAAGGACAAAGUUUCUUCAAAAGCUAAAAAUAGUCAACCAAAGGCUCUUUCUUCUCAAGUAGAGGAUGUGGAUGCUGUCGGUGGGGUAAAAUCCACGGUACUGUUGCAAAGAAAGAUUUUUGAAGAGACUCGGCCACCACCCAGCUGUACAAAAGUUAAAGGAGCAAUGGAAUCCAAGGCACGGAAGGAGUCUCCAGCCAGUCCUGAUGAAGGUACAGCUGUAUGA